UUCCCCAGUAGCGAAUAACGAGCAGCAGUGUGUGAAUGUGGCAACCGAGGUAGACAGGGAGGGGUACAUAAGCUGGCCAGACCCAGGCUCUUGUCUUUUUUCCUUUAUUUUUCUUUUCUCGCAUAGCCAAGUGUUUACAGUUCGUGCACCGCCGCGGUUGUGAAGUUGUUUACGGGGCAGAAAAUCCGGCCGCUUCUGCUUUUCUCUGGGACUAACCGCUGUCGUUGUGAAAACAGUCCAGAAGAAAGAAAGAAGGAAAGGGAGAAACAACAUGGGGCGAUAAUUAAAAAAAAAAAGGUGUUGUGUUGUGAGCGGACGAUGACUCUCUGGGAGGACCCGUGAAGCUUAUUUAUUUUUAUUUAUUCCCCUCCCUUCCUUCUUCCCUCUUUCCCUGUGUCCGCUUUUGUUUUAUUAUUUUGUAACAUUUCCCCUACCCCCCUGCCAGUUUGGGAGAUUUUUUAAAGGAAAAGGCAACAAGAAGAUUGAAGAAAUGGACCAAGCCGGCAUCCUGAGAAAGUUUAUCCAGGGGGUGAAGACCAUGAGCGAAGGGAACGAUGAGAGGGGAGAGGAUAACUUCGGCAGCGACUUUAUGCGGUUACGACGGUUAUCUACCAAAUACCGGACAGAGAAGAUCUACCCGACCAACAUAGGGGAGAGAGAGGAGAAUGUGAAGAAGAACAGAUAUAAAGAUAUACUGCCAUUUGAUCACAGUAGAGUGAAGCUGAAGCUAAAAACAACCAAUCAGGACACAGAUUACAUCAAUGCUAACUUCAUUAAGGGUAUGGAUGGCCCAGAGGCCUAUAUUGCAACUCAGGGUCCACUGCCGAACACUGUCAUCGACUUCUGGAGGAUGAUCUGGGAAUACAAUGUUGCUGUUAUUGUGAUGGCUUGUCGAGAGUUUGAGAUGGGAAGAAAAAAGUGUGAGCGGUAUUUCCCGAUGCAGGGGGAGCAGCCUAUGAGCUUUGGCCCUUUCAGAAUCUCCUAUGAAUCGGAGCAGGCCAGAACAGACUACUUCAUCAGGACUUUGACAGCACAGUAUGAAAAUGAAUCCCGUAGGAUAACGCAGUUCCAUUAUAUGAACUGGCCAGAUCAUGACGUCCCCUCAUCAUUUGAUUCCAUUUUGGAUAUGAUUGGGCUGAUGAGAGAAUACCAAGAGAACAAUGAUGUCCCAAUAUGUGUACACUGCAGUGCAGGCUGUGGGAGGACAGGAGCUAUCUGUGCUAUUGACUACACAUGGAACCUCCUCAAAGCCGGGAAAAUUCCAGAAGAUUUUAAUGUAUUCCGGUUGAUCCAAGAGAUGAGGACACAGCGACACUCGGCUGUUCAAACCAAGGAGCAGUAUGAGCUGGUUCAUAGAGCCAUCGCUCAACUGUUUGAGAAACAGCUACAGCAGCUGGAGAGUCCCACCAGCACACAGAUCCAUGAUGGCAUGGAUGAAAGCAGUCCUGACAAAGCAAGCAACCAAUUAUCGGAUGAUACAUGGGACACUCCACCUCCAAAACCUCCCCGCAUUCGCAGUACGCAGGUAGAAGGCGACGUAAAGGAAGAGAUCCUCCAACCCCCAGAGGCUCACCCCGUACCACCCAUUCUGACCCCAUCUCCUCCGUCAGCCUUCCCGACUGUCACGAACGUGCGACAGGACAAUGACCGCUACCAUCCCAAACCCGUCAUCCAUGUCCUCGCUACUGCGCAGCACAACGUGACAGAGGAUAAGAACACAGACCAGCAGCAGAAUCAGCUAGAGCCCAGUCCAAACAAACAGACCAGUCCCUCAGAGCAGAAAGAUCAAGAGCAACUAAGCCGAAAACAGCAGAGUCAGGUCUCAAGUCUGGAUCUCAAUGACAACUACAACAACAAAAUGUCUUCAAAGUCAGAAUCAGGCCAAAGCCAGACUCAGACCCCAUCCUCGCCCCUCUCCCCAGCUGUUGAUUGUUCUGGUGCUCCUCGAAUCGAGAGGAAGCUCAGCAUUGAGAUUAAAAAGGUGCCACUGCAAGAAGGACCUCGCAGCUUUGACACCUCCUCGUCGAUGGGAGUAGCCGGCGGACAAGGCUCCAGUUCUAGUAACAACAGCUGCGCACUGCAAAGAAGUCACGCAUUUAAAGCUCGCACUGGUCAGUCCCUUCUGACAUCCAGCUCCUCUCUGUCAGAGGACUCUGGCACAGAGGGAGGAGCUUGUGGAUGUGGAGAGAGUCAAGCAGAUGGAGGCAGCCUCGCCAGGCCGAACCACCUUCCUGUGAAGAGUGGAGAGAAGGUGGAGAAGCAGGGAGGGGAUUUGAAAGCCGGCCAUGCAGCGUGGACUCAACACAGCAACAGCCCGGACAAACAGUACCCCAAGACCACCUCCUCUUCUUCCUCCUCAGACCGUGUGGCUCCAUCCUCAUCCUCCUCCUCCCACCUCUCCUCUUCCUCCUCCUCCUCCUCCUCCACACCUGUUAGGACUGCCCUGAGUUUCACCAACCCCCUGCACUCUGACAACUCGGACGAGGAGGGGAAGGUGUCCGAGGAGAUGUCCGGAGGAGGAAAGGAAGCUUUUCGUACAAGCGUAUCCACAGCGACUGCCACCGUAACGGCAUCCUCUCAACAUGGAGACCAGCAGCCGGUCAGAAAGGUGUCGCCGAUGUCAAUUGCAGGGCAGAUCACACCAACGGUCUCUCCAUCCUUAGCAAACUGCUGGGACAGCGACGACUCCCCUCCCCCUCUCCCCGAGCGAACCCCUGAGUCCUUCAUACUGGCCACAGACCCUUUGGAAGCGAAAACAUCAGCUUCAGCCGAGUGGAGUUCACAUAAAGAUGCGUCUGACUGUGUGACGACCUCUCCAGCCGACCUUCCAUCUGCUGACACCACAACAAGCAACAACAGCAAGCCAGAGCUGGGUGGGGUUCGGUAACCGCUGCAUUCAGCCCAAAGGUCCUCGACGACCCCCCCUGGAGUGGACAUGAUGGAACAGUCCAGCUGCCCGUCCACCACCACUGUCCUCCCUUGUCAGGAGAUGGGGUCUACCAACCUCACCUGGCUGGUCCAAAAACCAAGAUGAUAGAUGCUACGCAUUUCAUAGAAAAACCUUCUGAGUGACUGUUUGCCAGUACCCUCCUCUUCCUCCUCCUCCUCCUCAGUCCUCCCUGCAAAGUGCCACUGUGCCGAGCAGGGACAGUCAAGAGGCUAGAAUGUUCUCCUCCUCAGCUUGCUGAUGUUGGCAGGUUUGACUACUCUAGAUGCUGACCUGGGAUCAGUUAUUUCCCUGUUUUAAUAAAGGAUAAUUCCUGUGGGGGGGCUUUCUCACCUUUGUUUUUUUUUUUUUUUGGGGGGGGGGGGUGACUGGAGAGAAGACUAAGAGCGGGCAUGUUUUUCCUCCAUGAGCUGUAGACACCUCACUUUUAAGGCUGUUACAUGUCAAAUAUAAAUAAUAAGUGUUCAGGCUGAGCGCUUUGUUUAAAGCCAAAUGAGAAUUUUUUUUCCUCCUAUAUCAGGAAUUACCUUAAAUUAGAAAAACUACUGUGGGAGGCUGAACUCCCAGAAGUUGUCUGUUGCCUCCUACUGAACGAACAACAAUCUUGAAAGCGAACUUCGAUAAUCUGUUACCCAUUUCUGUUGGGUAUGCACAGGUUGCCAGGGUGCUCUCUCUUUGUCUCUCUCUCCCUGUUUCAAAGUGCUGGUGCUACAUUACAAAGGAUCGUCACGGAAACGAAAGCGCUAGAGCUCACUGUUACCAGUUUCUCACUGCUGUUGUUAGCUCUGCUAUUUUACACGUCCAUGCUUCUCUGCCAGAGUGACAGGUUAACAAAGUUUGGCCAUUGUGGUGUUCAUUAAAGUGCAGCUGGUGAUUUUAUGGCAGCGGGCAGUAAUAGUUGUGUCAAUGUCUCAGUGGCAACUAACUGAGCUUUAAAAAAUAAAUAAAUAAAAAAAAUGAGAACGAACUAGCAAAAACUGCAGUUUCUGUAGUGGCCACUUGAGGCUUCAUAGAGUCCAUAGUCCCAUAUUAAAAUCUCUGAAUUUCCAGCAUUUUUUUGGGCUCUAUAACUUAUUUGCCUCUUUAUAUAAAGAAUAUGGUGGGUGGAUUUUUACAUUACUUAUUCACAUGGGUACUGGUGAGGCUUAAAGCUGGGGUGGGGGGGCGUUGUUUUGAUUGACAGGUUUACCCAAACAGGAAGCAUUUUUGCGAUGCUGGUGAUUUAUGGGGCAUUUUUGUAUCUGACUUGUUGCACAGACAUAUCAAAGAAGUUUGUGCUUCAGUGUCAGUGAGUGAAAUUCUAGCAUUUUAUUAAUCUAAUACUAAGCACUUACGGAUCAUAUGACCUGUCAAAAAAAAGAAAAAGAAAAGUUGAGGUUUUAAAAACGGAAAUCAAAAACAGAUGGUGGUUACAUCUUCUAUAUACAGUCUAUAGUCUGAAAGCAAAAACGGUAAGAUUAAAGCCAAUGAAUUUGUGUAAAGUGUAGUAUAUAUGUGUGAGCUCCAAGCAGCUGAACCAAAGAGUACAGUCCCACCUUAAAUUAAUGAAUUGGAGAAUUUUUUUUUCUAAGCUACCCACGUUUGAGAUAAAAUGACAUUAAACACAGAAAAAGCCGAACUUGUUAGCUCUGUGACUCUGACUCUCACAACUGGGACCAUGAGCCUGCCUUAGUCCACCUUUCAGAGAAGACAGCUGAUGGCAGCCCUCCUUUAUUUGCUCUUUUCUUCUUUCGGUGUUUCUGGCUCGUCUGCUCGGGACUCAUAUUUCUUCCGUUUAUUUGCUGUUCUUCUGUCGGGUUUCUUUCCUUCUGCCAAACCUCAGCUGAUCGACCAUGAAAGUUUCUUUCCUUUCAGCUGCCAGUUUGCUCACGACAAACCCCGGUGUUUCGGAGUCUGAAUGUUACACAUCGCCUGAAACGCUUGAACCUUUGACUCGACAGAUUGAAAUUAAACCUCCAAGCCUUCUCUAUAAGUCAGACUUGUUUGGUUUCUCAUCUGACGGCGUGUUGUUCUUUACCUGCUUCUGAGACAAUGAUCCAAUAGGACAACAGCAGCCAGGGACCCAGGACUACUACUGUUUACUCCUUUUUUUUUUUUCUCUUCUUUUUUUUUUCCUUCUUUUUUUGUUCUCUUUCAUUAGCUGCCAUAACUAUACAGUAUAUGCAUUGUUUUAUAAAGAGCUGUACAGAACAGUUUAGGUAUAAAAUACUUCAGAUUUCCUUUUUUUCUAUCUCCUAAAUGUUCCUAUUAACAGAAGAUGUAAGAAAAUCAGUGCAUGAUGAUGAAUCCUCCCUCUACACAAUGUUUUUCUUUAAACUGUAAAUUAUUCUGCUACCCUCUUGUUUUUGCUUCUGGCAAAUAUUUCAGGGGUUUGGUUUUUGUUUUUUUUCUUUGUUUUUUUUGGAAUUAUAUGCUUAGAUUAAAAACAAAGUUUUUAAUUGGUUGGCAGAGGAAAAGCAGAGGUUGCCAGCCCAGCCCUCUUUGAGAUAACUACAACGGGCUCUGAACAAGAUUGUAAUAAUAAUAUUAAUAAUGAUGAUAAUAUUGGUUGUUUGUUUUUGUAAAUGGUAUUUGAAAAGUUAUUUUUGUAUAUGCAGUUGUUUGUUGUGACACAAGUCCACUGCCCCCCCCUCCCCACCCAAACAUCAACGUUUCUCAGUCACUCUCCUCUCCAUCAUUUCUUAUUCUUUUUGAACUUUUUUUUUCUUUUUUUUAAAAGGCGCAACUGAGAUGAAUGUCCUGUCCUCUACAAGGAGCAUCUGUCGUUUCCUACUUACUUCCCAUUUUGUUUUUGCUUCUUUAAUCUUCGCCCACUCCUGCCCUCCUUUCUGCCUUUUCCCAUUUUUUUUGAGAAAGGCUGUCAUUUCCAACACAUCUGUAUGCCCACGCACAACAGAAGAGACUGUCUUUAACUUUAUUGAUUCUCUUAUAAUUCGUUAUCCUCAUUUUUCUGUUUACUUCCACUCCCCACACACACACACACACACACACACACACACACUCUCAUGCACACGCCUCGAUCUCAGUAAAGAGCCCACCUGUGCCUUUAAGAGAGAGCCUGCCUGCCCGCACUCACCCUUUCCCUCUGCCCUCCAAUCAUCAUUAGCGGCAUGACCAUAAGCGAUGUGAUUCGCUGCUGCUUGCUCAUCGCCUCCUGUGGGACUCUCAUUCAGCCACGCCCCCUCAGCCCCAUCCUGUCACACACACACACGUUUGUAUGUUGCAGAAAUCAAUCAGUAAAAAUGACCUUAAGUAAA